AUGAAAUGUCGCAGUGUGGACAGGGCCUUAUCUCAUGAUUGUCAUCAUCCUCCUAGCUCCGCUGAGACGAUUGCUUCGUGCUUGGAGAGGAACCCAGGGUUCGCUUAUGACUACGGUCUAGGAGUAUGGACAGAUAUCAUCAUGGCUGGACAUGAAUAUGAAGCAAUCCGGUUUGACCUGGAUUCAUGGGGGGAGCGUUUAGUAAGGUCUGUAAAGACCAGCCUUAAGGUGACCCUUAAGACUAGGAAUCCGACUGACCAGACUUUAUUAACGUUGCUUGCUGAGACUGAAUUUAUGAUUAACUCAAGACCUUUGACAUACGUACCUUUAGACCAUGAUGACGACUUACCUCUGACACCAAAUGAUUUUCUGUUUAUGAAAACCGACUCUCAUGACUAUCCCUUUGGAGUAUUCACUGAUUAUGACCUACUAAGACGGACCUGGAGGGAAUCCCAGCGACUUGCAGACUUGACUUGGAAGCGCUGGGUAAAGGAGUACCUGCCGACUUUGACUCGACGUGACAAAUGGUACCGCGACAACGACAGACCACUGAUUGUAGGUGACUUAGUUGUGAUUGCUGACGAUCAACUACCCCGCAAUCAGUGGCCUCUUGGCAGAGUCGAUCAGGUUUUUCCUGGCAAGGACGGCCUGAUCCGUGUGGCCCAAGUCAAGACAAGACAUGGACUUUACGUUAGACCUGUGACAAAGUUGUGUCGGCUGGACGUCCGCUCCUCAACUUGA